AUGGGAGGUGCUGUUAUACCACGACUCGCUAAGGGCGCCAAACCGUUGAAGCUACGGCACACGAAGGCUAUCGCGGUCGGUGUCGCUGCGACGGACCGGAUGGCCGUGGGGUCAGUUCGGUUUGCAGGAGAGGGCAAGGUUUAUCCGGACCGCGCCACAGCCGCUUUGGAGUGUCCGUGGCGGCGGCCGGUGGACAGUGGACAGUGGACAGUGGACCACGGGGCCGGGCCUCACCACGUGACUGGAGUCGCAUUAUCGCAGGACUAUGACGCCAGCGCCUUUCCGAAUGCGGACUAG